AUAAAUUUUUACUAAAACCAAAAUGUGUAGUUUUUGGAUUAACUCAAAAUCAAAAUUCAGCUGGUCUAGGUAAUGUGCAAAAAUCUUUUCUUUUCGGAAAUUGCUGGUUUUUGCACAACAAAUUGAAAACAAGAAUUCAAAAUACGAAUUGUGGAAUGGUCGAAUAGUAUUGGAAAUAAGAAACAAAUAGAAGCUGCCACCAAAGGAAAAGGCUCUAAUAACAAGCAAUCAUCUCUUCCCGUUUCCGGGUUAUAGAAAAGCAGGUGGAACAUCAAAUUGAUAGCGCUGAGAUUGCAAAUUAACAAACGCUGGCAAAAAUUUGCGAAAUGGCAACGUUUACGUCAGGUAAGUCUACGUUAACUGAUAUUGAACCAGAUCAAGCACAUAGAACCACUGGUGCCACUGAUGCCAAUGCUGAUGAUUAUUAUUUCCAAUCAAUUCCAGAGAAUUUCAAUGACAACAGUACGCUUCCUUUGCAGAAAUAUAUGUCUGUGAUCACUUUUCAACGGGAAUUUAAUUUUCAAGAGACGCGGACUAAAAUAUUUAAUUUAUUAGAAGGCAACGCGGAUAAAUCGAAAGCUAAAGGAGAUAUAGUGCAAAAAAUGGUUGAAAACUUUGAAAACAAAAUCAGGACUGGUGUAGAAAAACAGUUACACGUAAAAGAAGAAAAUGGGUAUGAAAAGCCGCCAAUCAACCACGAAAAUGACACCAUGUCUAUUGUUGGACAUCGCUCAAUAAGCAAAGAAACAAUCACGGGGCCAGACGCCGACAAUGUUAUAAACGCAAGCCAUAGUGGGGAUCAAGUUUCGCAUGUAACUGUACAAUCAUAUCCAGUAUCAAAACUGUAGGUCACCAAAACUAAGGAAACUAA